AUGGCCAAGCGACAGCUUCGUUCAGAUACCAAAUCAGAGCCUCAUCAUUCACUUCCGGAACCAUCGGCCAAGAAGCGAAAGACCCAGAGAGAUGUCGUUCGGUAUCUCUGCUUCGCGUGCGACACGGAGCGCGCUCCAAGCGCAUUCCCGGACUACAAUCCCUCAAGCGAGUGCGAUCAUCUCAUCAAUACUUGCAAGACUUGCUUGAAGGCCUGGGUUGCUGCGCAGGUCGAGGGGGGUCUCUUCACGAUGGGUGGCGAGGAUGGUAAGACAUUCGGUGUCAAGUGCCCACAGUGUCCAGCAAUCAUGAGGAGUGUCAACGUUCAGAUCGCGGCGACGAAGCUAGUCCACCAGCGGUUCGACGUGGCCGAGCGCAAGCACAUUGCUGAAAACACGCCAGGAUGGCGCUGGUGUCUCGCACCAGGUUGCAAAGCCGGCCAAGUCCACGAGAAGAAAGCCCCCACUCCAAAGUCGAAAGCUGCGAAGAAGCCGAACGUGAAGGCCGAACUCAAGGAGGUCGAGUCGACGGCGGACAUCUGCACUUGCAACAAAUGCGGCGCGAAAGCUUGUGUUCCAUGUGACAGACCUUGGCAUGAAGGCGAAACCUGCACGGAAUAUCAGAGGCGGAUCAGGGACAGAAUCGAGGAAGAGGACAAGUCGGUGUCGGCCAUUAAGAAACUGACGAAGAAGUGCCCUCAUUGCCAGAUGAAUAUCCAGAAGAAUGGCGGAUGCCCGCACAUGUUUUGCACCUCCUGCACCAAGACCUUUUGCUGGAACUGCGAACACGAGCGGUGCCAGUGCGUCCCCAAUCACCCGCCCCAAUAG